AGAGAGAGAGAGGAUAGAUACUCACCCCGUCACUCAGACAGGUCAAGGAGAGAGAAAGGAGUUACGGAUUGUAAUGACUAAGUGGCCUGGCGAGCUCCACCACCACGCGCUUUGCAUGCGGCUUUCCCACUCCCAAGUCCUAACUCAUUUCAGCAGUUUUGGCAAAAACUUCUUCCGCCCUUCCAUUCCCAAUCCCUAGAGACCCCAGAAUUUACAGCACUCACUUCAGAGUUUCAAACCAACCGACCGACCCUUCCAUAAAAUUUCAAAAACCAAGAAGACGCACCUGCCACUCUGUCCUUCCUCUCUCACAUAUAAAAAUCCCACCUAAGCCUAUAUACCAUUUUUGCUUACAAAAGUAACAGAAAUAAAGAAAUAGAGAAAUAAAGAGAUAGUGAGAGACAGGGAGGUAGGUCUUCAGGGACCCGAUUACAGAUUGGCAAGGGAAAAUCAAUCCCACCACCAUCAGCGCCUCGCUCAUUCAACUACAUAAACCCACAGAGGAGCCAAUCGAGUAUCAUGCCUUCAGGCGCAAAGAAGAGAAAAGCAGCAAAGAAAAAGGAGCAGGUAGCCAACAUCCAGUCUCCAACUAACUCUCAAGGAAACGAUGAUCUGAAAACCCAUGAUGAGAAAGAAAGUGAUAGUGGUUAUGCGAGUUCCCCUACUUCAGAGGAUCACCAUCAUGCGUUAGAAGAAGAAGAGGAGGAGGAGAAUAAGGAUUAUUCCGCACUUGGGUCUGUUGCUGCCGACACUAAAGCGAUGGAAGAAUCCAUAAAUGGUAGCACUGGGGAAGGAGAGAAUAAGCACAAGGUAGAAGCAGUGGAGGUCCUGGAGGUUGUCAGGGAAUUGAAACCCGAUGAGAAUUCUGAGGGAACCGAUGUUGUCAUCGAACAUGUGGAGUAUGCGAAGGAUUCCCGUGAUGGUGGUUCAUCUGGGGAUGCUGGUAGUUCCAGUACUAGCUCUGAUGAUGAGUCUCAAAAACCUCGCGUGGUCGAGAAGAAUUCCUCGGUGACGGAAUCGGAGAUAUUAGUAGAGGAGAAGGGUGAGGGUGGGGAGACUCUGCCUCCUGUUGAAUCAGUUGAGCCGGUUGUUGCUUUGUCUGAAGGGGUGAGUCAAAUUUUGGAAGCCGCCUCGGAGUCGGUGGACAAUACUGAGACUACAGAGGUAGUUGUUCCCAAGGAAAAGGAGGAGCAGCCGUUGCCUUCCUCGGAUGAGACUAGUGGGGUUUCGGGUGUGAUUGAUUUGGCGUCGAAGGAAAAUGAGGGUAAUGUUUUGCCAUCAAUAGAUGCUCCACCUGUUGAAACUAGUAAAGCCGUGGUUUCUGAUGAACAUCAUGUUCAGCCUCAGAUUCCUGAAAGCUCAGAAACCCAGCAGCAAGUGGAACGGUCAGCUCCACCGGCGGUACAGCCAACUUCAUGGAAGUCUUGCUGUGGCCUAUUUGAUGUUCUGACGGGUUCGAAUAGAUGAUCAUAGGUGCAAAGAAUGAUGAAGACCUAAGGUGGACAGGACAGUGCAUAUGAGUUAUGAAAGUUGUUAUCGAGUAAGGGGAUUUUGGUCACAAGUUUGAGAUGUUUUUUAGUUAUAGGAUGUUUUAAGUCAUGGGUUGUGAUUUUAACAUGUUCAAGAUAUCCUCCAUAGAAAUAAUGGACAAGGGAGCUGACUGAAUAAAGAAUUUCAGGAUUGUGAUGUGUGAGGGAUACUUCUGUUGUCGAUAGUCAGCUCGAACUUGCUUAGGAUUUGCAGGGUGUCUUACCUUUUGGUUCUGACUUUCUGUGAUGGAUAAUGUUCUUUUUUGGAGUAUAUUUUAUUUAUUUUUUUUUGGGAAAGUUGAUCUCUUGUUAAUCAAGGUGGUUUUGUACUUCUGUAAUUUGAGUUUGCCACUUUUCUAUCAUAAAAUAAAUAUAUGAAUGCAUAUUCUUUGAUUACAAUCAAA